UUUGUCUUGUAGUUCUUCGAAGAAGGUGCAAGGAUAGAGCGCGCCACUUUAACAUCCAGCAGUCACCAUUUCCAGAGUUUUAAGAUCGUGUAAUACUUUGUAAGGUGGUUAAGGCCCAAGAACAUGUAAAAUGAAUGCCUUGGUCCAAAGUUUGCCAUUACCAAAAAUCGUUUAUAACAGCUGAAAAGUAUGCUUCUGACUACCUAAUUGUGUCCUUUCCUGUGCUGUCCUUGAAAUAUUUCUUCGCAAACUUGUUAGAGGGAGCUGGAAAGGUGAGGACAGAGGCGAAUGAGGUUAUGGACACUGAUGUUCCAGAAGUGUCACGUUGUGUAAAAAAUUCUGAAAGACAAAAUGCCUAGACAAAGAAGGUACAACACAAGAAGAGCAUCUCAAUUGCAGAGGAUUCGCUCCACUCCGUUUACUGUCUUGAGGGAUUUGUCAUUUUUACCAAGACUGAGAUCCCAAGCAAGAAGGAUUGCUAGGAGUGUGGCAUCUGAAAUAGAGACCACAGAAGAAGCCAGUAGUUCUUCGUCUGCCACAGUGGAUCCAUCCAACAGCGAAAGUAGUAUUGAUUGGGAGAGUAGUGAGGAUUCAAUGUCAGAAAACAAUGUUGAACAUGUCGGUCCUGGUGAAGCAGUGCUGCGCCUGCCUGCUCAUUUGAGGGAAAGUGCAUUCUUCAGCGAUGGCUCCGACGAUGAAUUUUUCGAAGGCUUUGGUGACGAAGACGAUGACAAUGACAUAGGAAUGGAUCGCAUCGCAGAAGUUAUUGUCUAUUUGGAGUCUGGCGACCGUCCAAACUACGACGGUACUGCAACUAAUUCAAGGGAUCAAGUGGAUGAUUUUUUGUCUGAUGACGAGGAUAUCCCUGACGAUCCUUUCCAAAGAGAGCUGCGAGGUUCCAUGCCAGAGCCAAGAAUGUCAUUGCAUGCAGCUGCAUUGCGAGGAAACACUAAGGAGCUCAGGCGGUGGAAAAAUUGGAGAAUAAGUUUGAACGGAGGCAAAGCCCAGGAGGACACGCCCUUGCAUUGUGCGGCUCGCGCAGGUGAUGUGGGAACAGUUGAAGAGCUUAUAGAACAGGGUGCCUCAAUCUCUGCCACUAACAUGUUUCAUCAUUCCCCAUUGGAAAUUGCUGCAAGAUAUGGUCACACUGCAGUUGUGAAGACUCUCCUGGAGCAUGGUGCUGGUGAAGACCCCGAUGAAAUAGAACGUGCCUACGAAGCCACUAAGAGUUGGGCAGUUGUUAAAACACUUACAUCACAUGAUGAUGUUUUUCUUGAAGAUGUGUCUCCCGAGCAAGUACAUCUGGAUGCUCCAUGGGUGAAUCAAAUGCUGUUCCGAGUAGUUCAGCAAGGAAGAGUCAAUAUAUUGAGAGGUCUUCUGAAUAUGGGUGCAAAUGCCAACUGUAAUGGGAUUCUCGGAUGGACUCCUCUUCAGAUUGCAGUGCGUCGCUGUCACAUUCGGUGUGUAUCUGCGUUAUUGGAAGGAGGUGCAGAUGUCAAUGGCAGAGAUGAUUUUAUGUGGACUGCUUUACACUAUGCUGCGCGAGACGGCCACCAUGAUAUCGCACUACUUCUCCUUAAAGCGGGAGCAGAUGUGUUGGCAAGAUGUCGAACAGGACGGACACCAAUUGCAGUAACCACCGACGAAGCUACUCGCCAUCUACUACAAAAUUACAACGACUCUUAGUAAAAUAUUAUUGAUUUAAAAAUUGAUUGUUCUUACAUGUGAUUGGAUAGUGUUUCUCUUUGAGAGACAGUUAUCUGUGGAAAGGACAUUCCUAGAGUGUCUGAUAAAAUACAAACCUUCAAUGAAACAUGUUUUCAUUGGUUGUAGGUUUUCCUGGUUGAUUGUUAACUCGAGAGUCGUGUUGGUUUUUAUUUGGUGCUUUUUUAUAAUGCAGCAAAAAAAUACUCGAUAAGAGAUUAUCAAACAUUGCCUUCAUAGUGUUUCAGUCAAUAUUGUAAAGUAAUGUAAAAUGACCAAAGAAAUAAAACUUUAUCCAGAUAUAACCAAAGUACUGAAUCUGAAGUGAGAAAUGAGUUAUGAAAGAAAACUUUCUAUAUCUGUUCUCGUGAAUAACACAAGGAAAGAUCAUUAUCUUGUAAAAGAAAUCUGAAGAAAACUUUGUAAAGUGAAUAUUUACAAUAAAGGGACUGAUCAAAAUAAAAUGUGUAAGAAUUUAAGAAGAAAAUAUGAUAAAUAUUUUUAUUAUUUAAUUCUUAAUAUUACAGAAAAUUAUUUUUUCCAGAAAAUUCGCUUUGACUUUGUUUACUUUUAUUGUUUGGUUUGAAUUCUGAGUGGAAAAACUAUUGAAAAUGUGAUAAUUAAUUGGCAUAGGAAAUUUAAGUGAUACAAAUGCUACUAUCGUUAAAAAAUCUGAGGAAUUGUAUACAAUGUUUUCAAAAAGAGUAGCAUUGCAAUUUCUGUAUUUGAGAGAAGAUAUUUGCAGAUUUCACUGAAUUGUAGGUUUCAAUUCAAAGAAGAAUGAGUUCCUUGAACAAUGUUUGAUUAAUAAAAUUAAAGUAAAAAAGUAUUGAUGUACGAGUGAAAUUGAAUAAUUUGAACAUAGUUUCAAUCCUGAAGGAAGAUGGUUUUAACAAAAAUUAUCAAUCGUAGUCUCAGGUUUUCAUUAUGUUUUACGCAUUAUGGUUUCUGUUGUACAUCAAACUGCCUUUUGGUUCCAUAGAAACAACUUGUUAUCAGUCGUUCCAAAACUGAUUAUUUGUCUGUGAUUCUGAUGGUGAAGUGAUGCUAAGAGAGAAAUCAAAUUGUGUAUGAACAUUGCAAAUAAGACUAAUUUCUAAUAUAUUUUGUUUGCGUAUCAUAUUGCUAUUGAAAUCUUAUUGUAUUGAGAAUAUAAUGUUAGCUAUAAUGUAAUUUAGUUUAUUAAUAAAGUGUUAAAAUUUUUAUGUGAUA